AUGCCCUCCCUGCAGGCAUUUCCCGCCAUCACCAAGGACGAAUUUUCGGAAGCGUGCAAGGCGCUGGAGCGUCGGAGUGCGGACAGGAUUAGUGACACGGACUGGCUGAGCGUAAAGUGGAGUGGGGAGGAAUUGCUAAUCAGGCAGAGACGGAAUAUCACUACCUCACUCCACAAUGGGAAUCGUAGGCUCGCUGGCGAUCGGAGCACGAAUUCAGGAGAGGUGGUAGACAGGGAAGACCUCGAGAACAUGGUCGAGGAUGAAGUGGAAGAUUCUUCAAUCAAAGAUACUACCUGCCUAAUUGUGGACUUUUCCAUCAUCUUGUCGCCAACCUAUUGCGUCCCCGUCCUGUGGUUUUCAUGCCGUCACGGACUGGAGAAACGGCCGAUAGCCCUCGAUCAGGUCUACGAGCAGCUGGUACCGCAGCCUUCAUGCGCUCCCUUGCGUGGCGUAGGUGUCCUGGGAGGCAUUAGCGUGGCACAUCACCCAGUGUCAGAUCUGCCAUCUUUCUUCCUGCAUCCUUGCAAUACGCAAGAUGCACUCUCGGUCUUGGAGCCGAGCGGGACGCUCACACCAGAGGAGUACCUGAGCCUUUGGCUCGGGCUGAUCGGGUCGGCUGUGGGCCUGCAUAUCCCUAGUAAGCUUUUGAGCGCUUAG